AAUGUGGGAAAGCCUUUCGUCAGACCUCACAGCUCAGGGUACAUCUAAGAAUUCACAGUGGAGAGAGACCUUAUGAAUGUAAGGAAUGUGGGAAAGCGUUUACGUCUUCCUCGUAUCUCACUAUACCUAUAAGAUCUCACAGUGGAGAGAGACCUUAUGAAUGUAAGGAAUGUGGGAAAGCCUUUAGUGAUGCCUCAUCACUCACAAAACAUAUAAGAACUCACAGUGGAGAGAGGCCUUAUGAGUGUAAGGAAUGUGGGAAAGCCUUUAGUCAGGCCUUAUCCCUCAAUACACAUGUAAGAACUCACAGUGGACAGAGGCCUUAUGUGUGUAAGGAAUGUGGGAAAGCCUUUAGUUAUUUCUCAAGCCUCAUUAAGCAUAUAAAAUCUCAACGUGGAGAGAAGCCUUUUGAAUGUAAAGAAUGUGGAAAAGCCUUUUUAUAUUCUUCAGAACUCAUUGAACAUACAAGAACUCACAGUGGACAGAAGCCUUAUGAAUGUAAGGAAUGUGGGAAAGCCUUUAUUCGGGCGUCAUCCCUCAAUACACAUUUAAGAACUCACAGUGGAGAGCGGCCUUAUGAGUGUAAGGAAUGUGGGAAAGCCUUUAUUUGUUCCUCAUACCUCAGUAGACAUAUAAGAUCUCACCAUGGAGAGAAGCCUUAUGAAUGUAAGGAAUGUGGGAAAGCCUUUAUUUGUUCCUCACACCUCAGUAGACAUAUAAGAUCUCACCGUGGAGAGAAGCCUUAUGAAUGUAAGGAAUGUGGGAAAGCCUUUACUCAGGCCUCAUCCCUCAAUACACAUGUUAGAACUCACAGUGGAGAGAGGCCUUAUGAAUGCCAGGAAUGUGGAAAAGCCUUUAGUUGGGCCUCAUCCCUCACUGAACAUGUUAGAACUCACAGUGGAGGGAGGCCCUAUGAAUGCAAGGAAUGUGGGAAAGCCUUUAGUCGGUCAUCACAUCUCACUGUACACAUACGAACACACAGUGGAGAGAGGCCUUAUGAAUGUAAGGAAUGUGGGAAAGCGUUUAUGUCUUCCUCGUAUCUCACUAUACAUAUAAGAUCUCACCGUGGAGAGAAGCGUUUUGAAUGUAAAGAAUGUGGAAAAGGCUUUUUAUUUUCUUCACACCUCAUUGAACAUAUAAGAACUCACAGUGGAGAGAAGCCUUAUGAAUGUAAGGAAUGUGGGAAAGCCUUUAAGAGUUCCUCACACCUCACUUCACAUAGAAGAACUCACAGUGGAGAGAAGCCUUAUGAAUGUAAGGAAUGUGGGAAAGCCUUUAGUUGGGCCUCAUGCCUCAAUAGACAUGUAAGAACUCACAGUGGAGUUAGGCCUUAUGAAUGCAAGGAAUGUGGGAAAGCCUUUAGUCAGUCAUCAUAUCUCACUGUACACAUAAGAAGUCACAGUGGAGUUACGCCUUAUGAAUGUAAGGAAUGUGGAAAGUGUUCCUCAUACCUAACUUCACACAUGAGAACUCAUAGUGGGGAGAGGCCUUAUGAAUGCAAGGAAUGUGGGAAGGUUUUUAUUCACGUCUCAGCUAUAACUACACAUAUAAUAAGUCACACUGUAGAGAGGCCCUAUGAAUGUAAGGAGUGA